GCCGCCAGCGUCGCCGCCAUGGACCUAGGACCCGUGAAUAUCUGUGAAGAAAUGACUAUUCUGCAUGGGGGCUUCUUGCUGGCCGAACAGCUGUUUCACCCCAAAGCACUGGCAGACAUGACAAAGUCUGACUGGGAACGUGUUGGGCGGCCGAUCGUGGAGGCCUUGAAGGAGAUCUCAGCCACAGCACACUCCCAGCCCUUUACCUGGAAGAAGAAAGCUCUGAUCGUCAUCUGGGCCAAGGUUCUUCAGCCCUACCCUCCUACCCCUUCAGACACUGAAACUCGGUGGCAGGAAGAUGUGUUCUUCUCAGUAGGUAACAUGAUCCCUACCAUCAACCACACAGUCCUUUUUGAGCUACUCAAGUCCCUGGAAGCCUCAGGGCUCUUUAUCCAGCUCCUGAUGGCCCUGCCCACCACCAUCUGCCGCACAGAGCUGGAGCGCUUUUUGGAACACAUGACUAUUGAUACGUCUUCAAAGGAUGUGGCCUUCUUCCUCAAUGUCUGGUGGGAAAUGAUGAAGCAUAAGGUCAAUCAGCAGGACCCCCUGCUCUCUCAGUUUAGGACAAUGGCCCAUAAGUACAUGUCCUCUUCAGAUGAGUUCGCCCAUCCUCCAAAGAGGUUUAAGUCAGACCCAGAUGUGUGUCCUACCAUGCCCUUGUUGACUAUGCUGCUCACUGGGCUGAAGCAAAUCCAGAGUAGAAUCCUAUGCCCUGGGAUGAAGUGCUGCGCAUUAGCCAACUUGGCUGACAUGCUGACUGUGUUUGCACUGAUGGAGGACGAUCCGCAGGAAGUGUCUGCAACGGUGUAUCUAGACAAACUGGCCACAGUGAUCUCUGUGUGGAAUUCGGACACACAGAAUCCUUAUCACCAACAGGCACUGGUAGAGAAAGUAAAGGAGGCAGAACGGGAUGUCAGCCUGACUUCACUGGCCAGGCUCCCAAGCGAGACGAUUUUUGUCGGGUUUGAGUUCAUGCGUAGCCUCCUGCGGGAGUGGGGAGAGGAGCUGCAGGCCAUGCUCAACAGCAGCCAGGGGACAAAUUAUGACAGCUACCGGCUGUGUGACAGUCUGACUUCCUUUAGCCAGAACUUGAAACUCUACCUCGAUACCACCAACUUGUCCAAGGAGGAGAGGCAGAUAGUCUCGGAGUUGGCAGAGUGUGUCGGAGACUUCCUAAGGAAAACGAACAGGGUGCUGAAGAACAAGGGCUUUGAGAAGGAUAUCACUGCCUCCAUUGCCAUGGCCAUCAUUGAGCAGAAGAUGGAUCGACAUAUGGAAAUGUGCUAUAUUUUCGCUGCUGAGAAGAAGUGGGCCUUCUCAGAUGAGUGGCUGGCCUGCCUGGUUAAUAACCAGGCUCUCUUCCAAGAGCCAAACUUGGUAUUAAAGCUGCUGGAGACAGUGGUGGAAGUCAGCACAAUAGACAGAGCCAUCUCGGAACUGCAGAUCAAACAAGUGAUCAACUUGAUCCUGGAAUGCUAUGCAGACCUCUCGCUGCCAGAUAAAAAUAAAGUCCUCUCAGGAGUCCUGCUUUCCUGGGGGCGAAAGGGCCUCUCUGAGAAGCUGUUGGCUUACUUGGAGGGUUUUCAGGAAGAUCUCAAUACGACCUUCAACCAGCUUGCACAGAGUGCCUCUGAGCAGGGCUUGGCUAAAGCUGUGGCUUCAGUGGCCCGUCUGGUGAUACUGUGUCCAGAGAUCACAGUGAAGAAGAUGUGCAGCAUGGCUGUGGUCCAUCUUGGCACCCACAAGUUCCUGGCUCAGAUUCUCACUGCUUUCCCUGCCCUUAGGUUCACAGAAGAGCAGGGCCCAAAUCCAUCCUCCACUUUUGUGGUAUCUUGCCUCAAAGAAACAGUCUGGAGAAAGUUCGCUACACCCAAGGAAGAAAAGCAGUUUCUGGAGUUCUUGAGCUGCCUGAUGAAUCCUGUGAAGCCCCAAGGGAUUCCAGUCGCUGCUCUUCUUGAGCCAGAUGAGGUGCUAAAGGAAUUUGUCCUGCCUUUCUUGAUGCUUGAUGUUGAAGAAGUAGAUCUUUGUCUGAAGAUCUUCAUCCAGACUCUUGAAGCAAAUGUGUGCCUAGAAGAAUACUGGCUCCAGAGCUGCUCCCCGUUCCCCCUCAUCUUCAGUUUGUGCCAGCUCCUGGAUGGCUUCAGCAAAUACUGGCAGCUCCCCAAGGAGAAGCGGUGCCUGUCUUUGGAUGGGAAGGAUCUGGUGAUCCAUAUCCUAGACCUCCUCUGUGAGACUGUAUUAGCCAAUGCUGAGACUUUCUCCCCAGACACUUGGAUUAAAUCCCUCUCCUGGCUUCACCGGAAGUUGGAACAGCUGGACUGGACUGUGGGCCUACGACUAAAGAACUUCUUUGAGGGCCACUUCAAGUGUGAAGUGCCAGCCACCCUUUUUGAAAUCUGUAAGCUGUCUGAUGAUGAGUGGACCUCCCAGGCCCACCCUGGGUAUGGGCCAGGCACUGGGCUGCUUGCCUGGAUGGAGUGCUGCAGUAUCUCCAGUAGCAUCUCUGAGCAGAUGCUCUCCCUCCUGGUAGUGGACCUGAGCAACCCUGAGGAAGUCAGAUUGUUCAGCAAGGGCUUUCUAGUCGUUCUAGUGCAAGUCAUGCCUUGGUGUAGCCCUCAGGAGUGGCAGUACCUCCACCAGUUGACCAGGAGACUGUUGGAGAAACAGCUCCUGCAUGUCCCUUACAGCCUGGAAUAUAUUCAGUUUGUUCCUCUGCUCAACCUGAAGCCCUUUGCCCAGGAGCUACAACUCUCUGUACUCUACCUGCGGGUUUUCCAGUUUCUCUGCAGCCAGAGUUGUUGUAAUUGGCUUCCUAUGGAUGGCUGGAGCCACGUGGUCAAGCUCCUUUGUAGCAGUUUGACCAACCUCCUGGACUCAGUUAGGUUGAUACAGUCAGUUGGCCCUUGGGUGCAAGGACAAGAACAUGACCUGACCCAGGAGAGCCUAUUUUGUUAUACCCAGAUUUUCUGCCAUGUUCUGCACAUCAUGGCCAUGCUUCACCAAGAGGUAUGUGAACCGCUCUAUGUUUUGGCCUUAGAAAUCCUCACCUGUUAUGAAACCCUGAGCAAGGCCAAUCUUUCUGUUAGCUCCUUGCUCCAGAAGGUAAAUGAGCAGCGCUUCUUAAAGUCCAUCGCAGAGAACAUUAGUCCUGAAGAGCGGCGCCAAACCCUGCUGCAGAAGAUCAGCAAUUUCUGACCUUUGCAGAUGAGGAAACAGAUGGGCCUCAUUGUGGUGGGGUCUGUAGGGAUUAAUGCUAAGAAACAAAAACUUUUCAGUUAUGUGAAAUUGUAUACAAGCUAAAAAGUCUAUGGCAAUUACCAUGUAAAGAAAAUAGUUUCUUAGGUAUUUGUAACAUACAAAUUAUAAUAAAAUUCUUGAGUUUCA